AUGACUACCCCUCAGCAGGACCUCCAACCCGCGCGCGACGUUGUUGACCCCGACUCGACCGCCUUGACCCGCUCGAGCGAUGAGGACGAGGCGACUUCUUCUGCUCGCCGGGAUGGCUCAUCUGAGCCGCUCACUCCCCCUCGACCGUCCCUCUUCGCCUUGCUGCCUGCGGAGGUUCUCGAGAUUAUCGCUCGCGACAUUGCGAGCGAGACUCUUGACAGGCUUCUCGUCAACGACCGCGUCUUCGAGAUCGCGCGCGACUACCGGCUCAAGACUCUCGAGGUCGGCAUCGAGACCAGCGGCAGCAUUCUCCUCAAGCUCGCGACGACUCCCGAGACUGCUUUGAAUGUCAAAGAACUGCAAGUCGAGAAUGUCGACAAGCAUCCCGAGCUACAAUGCAUCAUCUUCCGCAACACCACGAACCUGACGCACCUCGAGGUCACUUUCGGCGACGGCGAGAACAUCGUGGAGGUUCCCGACUGCUUCUGGGCUUUGCGGUCCUUCAACCACCUCAUUCACCUCAACAUCGCGCAUGAGUUCAGACUGCAGCCGCUCGAUGGCUUCUCCCUUGAGCGUGACGUCCCGUCCCUGCGCAAGCUGAACAUUGGCGCCGAAGGGAGCCUGGCAGCCUGCGCGCCAGGCUUAUCCAGGCUGACGCAUCUCAAGGUGUCGUCUACCAGCUUUGACGGCUCGGGCGUGCCGUGGCAAACCCUGACCCAUCUCGACGUCACCAUCGCCCGCCGUGUACACGAAGUGCCCGGGGACGGCCUCGACCUCGAGAAAGUCGCGAACACCCUUGAGACUGCUUGCGCAAUCGCGCCCAUUUCCUUGCGGAGCCUCGCCCUUUCCUUCGACAUCGGCGCUUUGCACGGCUGGCAAGAGUUGGUCCGGAUUGCGGAGAGCCUGCCCAGCUUGACCGACCUCGCAGUUCUUAACAUCAAAUCCUUCGCCGCCUUGAAGUCGUGGACUUCCGAUAGCAAGUUGCAGUCUGUCCUGCGACUCAGGCUGUCCGGGCGCUGCGACUGUUACUCAGCGGACGAGCUGCAAGGAAUGCGAACUCUCCUCGCUCUCUGUCCCGCUCUUCAAGCCCUCCGCCUCGAAACGUUCGACUACUACCGUCGUCCCGCCGUAUUCUCGAUCGAAGAAGAGAAGGAGGCGAUGCUGACCGCAAUCCGUCAAGACCGCCUCGCCGAUGACUUCCCGGGCAUUGCCGACCUGCUGCUCACUCUCGAACAGACGGCUGUCCUCGAUCUCCGCUUGUUGUUCUUCUCGAGCUUCGAGAAGUACAUAGGUGUUCGCUGGUACAGGUUCAUCUCGGACGCGAAGUUUGUUGCCGAUGGCUGGACGUUCAUCUGA